AAAACUGAUUUAAAACCGAGGCAGAAAACAUUGCUGAGUCUGUCACAUGACAUGUAAGAGGCAUGUGCAGUCGAAGUGGACAAAACUAAAACGAGAUAAGUUUCGUGUGGAGUUAUAAGCAUAAUGCUUGUUUCUAUGCAGAAAACAUGCAUUUCAUUUUAACAGGAUUAAAAGAAAUGGAGUUAGUCUUUCCUUCCUUCACGUCGAACAAUCUGACCAUUUUGGCGUGAUAAUCUUCUUUUUACAAUGUAGUUUAUACAGCCUAAAAUCCAAGGAAGUUAUUUUUAUUAUGUUGACCAUUAAGACCGUUGUUUAUUUGAUGUCAGUACAUGGAUUGCUGCUGUGUUGAGAGAAUUAACACUACCUUCAAGGACUAACGGAUAGUGUUAUCGAUGAAUGACGCUGCUUACAAUCAGACAAGGCGACCACGGCGAUGUGCCGCCGUAGCCUCACCUGUGCCAACACUUCAAUCUAUACGAUUACCUGGCAUAAUGGACCCAGAUGGACGUGUUGACGAAUCAAGGCUGCGUACGUACAUUUUUAAAAAAGGUGGCGUGAUGCCCCAUGAGCGGGCACAAGUAUGGCAGUUUUUAUUUGGCAUGUACCCCAGCAGCUCUACAGCUCUGGAGCGUCCUCUGAUUCAGGAGCAGAUGGCUGCUCGCUACCAGGUCAUGAAAAAGAAAUGGCAGCAUGUUUUUCCAGGUGCUGUGCACCUGCAGCUCAAUGGUACAGAUGCUGAACUAAUAGCUGCAGUGGAGUUCUUUCACCAGCGCCAGAAACACAUCCAGAAAGAGGCUUCUCAGCUGUCUGAAGAAGUGUGUGAGAGGAUGUCCUUUCUAGAGCUUCAGGCUCAGGUAUUACUGAAACGUGUUAACUUUAACAUGGAGGAACUACAGGAGGCCGUCCGGAUCAUCGAUAAGGAUGUUCCUCGAACUGACAGAGACCUUACCUAUUACCUGGAUGAAGGCCUUGGAAAUCUCCUUGUGUUGCGAGAUAUUCUCAUCACAUAUGCCGCUUUUCAUCCAGAUGUGAGCUAUGCUCAGGGCAUGAAUGACUUAUGUAGCCGGUUCCUUGUGGUUCUGGACUCUGAGGUCGACACCUUCUGGAGCUUCUCAUGCUACAUGGAGAAUUUUUCCAAAGACUUUCAUGCUGAUGGUCUGCACCGCAAGAUUGAACUGGAAGCAGCCUUGUUAAAAGAGCUGGACCCUCUACUUCAUGCUCAUCUGGUCACAGACAACAUGGACAGAUUCACCUUCUGCCAUAGGUGGCUGUUGCUGGGCUUCCAGCGGGAGUUUGAACAUAGUGAAGCACUCCGUCUGUUUGAGAUCCUGCGAUGUGAUCACCUUGAGCUCAUUUCCCAACAGGUGGAACGGGCCCGUUAUCAAGAAAGGCUAGUUCAAAUUCAGAGCACAGAAGACAUGCCAGGGGUAGAGCCACAAGUCAUCAACACAGAAUACACAUUUGAACUCUUCAUCUGUGCCACUAUCAUCCUGGAGAACAGGGACAUAUUGCUGAACUGCAGAAAUGACACCCAGCUCAUCCAGUUUACCAGCAGUUUGCAGGGGACUCUUGACCUGAACAGCACACUCAAGAAGGCUGAAGAGCAUUUCUUCAACUACUGCAAGCGCUCAGCCUGGGGCUACCUGAACACGCGCUACCACGGUCACAGAAGCAGAGAAGAACACUUCCUCAGCCAGCUCAGGAGCCUCUUCUCAUGACCUUACAGGAGAACACUUCCUCAGCCAGCUCAGGAGCCUCUUCUCAUGACCUUAAAGGAGAACACUUCCUCAGCCAGCUCCUGAGCCUCUUCUCAUGACCUUAAAGGAGAACACUUCCUCAGCCAGCUCAGGAGCCUCUUCUCAUGACCUUAAAGGCGAACACUUCCUCAGCCAGCUCAGGAGCCUCUUCUCAUGACCUUAAAGGAGGACAGGGGAACUCUGGGGGGGGUUGGUUGUUUGUGCAAAUGAGGGUCUGCCACCAUGUCACUAUUAUAAUUCAUUAAAUGCCUGACCAGAACUCUCAUGCUUCUAACUGCCAUAAUAAUAAUAACAAAAUGUUAAAUAAUAAUAACAACAAAAUGGCCAAAUAAAGUCAGU